GUGUGGCCCAUUCGGCCCACCAUCACCGAACUAAAGAUAAGAAGGCCCCAUUUGGUCCAAUCGCGAACCUUCAAACGGUUGAACCCAUGUUAUGGAACGUGGUAGAGCUUCAGUAGAUAUGGGUAACCUCCGCCGCAACCGAACAAAGGAGAUUGCGAGGAAUCAUCCAAGCUUGCAGAAAGGUAAGGGACGGGCCGGGGCUUCAUCUCAAACCCGAGAUGAUUUUGAUGCGGAUUAUAACCAAAGAUAUGGGUCUGCGAUGUCCGAUGAGCAAGUAGAACAACUAUUACAACAAAAUCAAGGGGCCUUCUUCCAUCAACAAAACAUCCCGACCAUUGACGAAGAAGAGCUCGAGGAUGAUGAUGCGGAGGAGAGGGAUCCGCAAACGGUCGAGCACGAGGUUCAUGGCACACCGUACGAUGAUGAAGAGCAAGCGGAAGUGGCUACUUCUUCCCAAGGCGGUGAGAAAGCUGAAUCAGUCUUUAAGGCAAAUUUUACAAAAUUUAAAGACCCCCAAACCGAGAUAUGGUACGCCACUUGCAAACAUUGCCCAAAGAAGUAUAACUUGGGAACUUCUGGAGGGUACGGGAGCGCCACAAGGCAUCUUAAGGCCAAGCACCCGGCGGAAUAUGCGAAAUCAGACAAAGGCAAGGGAAAGCAAACACAAAUUUCAAGAUUUGGAAGUGGCCAACCCUUCGGUAAUUUCUCCUAUGAUGAUCAAAGACAUUUGACUGGUAUGUCACAUUUGAUUGUUGAAGAAAAUUUGCCUUUUAUUUUUUCCGAAAGUCUUGCUUUAAAAGAAUAUGCUCAAGGUACUUUAAAUCCUCAAUUUCGAAACUAUAGUCGCAAAACAAUUAAAAAAGAAGUUAUAAG